CUCGGGCUGCGUGAGGGAGGAGGCUCGGCGGAGAGGCUGCAAGUGGGCGAGGGCUGGGCCCCGCGACCUCAUUUGAGCCUGCCAGUGGACGCCCGGGCGGAACCGCCCAGCGCUCUUGUCCCGCGCUACCUGCCCGAACGCGCCUGCGCACUGCGAACCCCGCCUUGGUGUCACCUGUCGGAGCCUGCGGGGGCCGUGCACAUGCGCACUGCCGGCCGUCGGCUAGUGGGGUCACGUGUUGCGCGCGAGCCGCCUCCCCGGCGGGCGCUUCCUGUCGCUACCGCUGCGGCCCAGGGCCCGCGGGAGCCCAGGGCGGUGCCGGGUGGGAGAAGGCCAGGGUUUGGCUGGGAUUCACCGCGAGGUAUCUAGGCUGCCACGAUGCCAGGGCCAAGACCUCGGAAGGGCCCUCAGGCCAGAGGCCAAGGGGUGGCCGCUGCCAAGCAGAUGGGGCUGUUCAUGGAGUUUGGCCCUGAGGACAUGCUGCUGGGCAUAGAUGAGGCUGAAGAUGAUGAGGACCUGGAGGCUGAGCUGCUGGCUCUCACAGGGGAAGCACAAACUACAGGCAAGAAGCCAGCACCCAAGGGGCAGGCCCCCCUGCCCAUGGCCCACAUCGAGAAGUUGGCAGCAGACUGUAUGCGGGAUGUGGAGGAGGAGGAGGAGGAGGAAGGGCUGGAGGAAGAUGCAGAGCUGCUGACGGAGCUGCAGGAGGUCUUAGGUGUGGACGAGGAGACUGAGCCCCUGCAUGGUAAUGAGGCAGCUGGCCCAGGCAGCUCUGAGGAGGAGAAGGGCCUAGAAGACACUGAACCUCCAGUGCAGACAGCCAUCCUGACAGCUUCAGCCCCAGCAGCUCAGGCCGGAGCAUCUCAGGGGCUACACGCUUUGCUGGAGGAACGAAUUCGCAACUACCGAGAGGCUGCGGCCAGCGCCAAAGAGGCAGGCGAAGCAGCCAAAGCCAGGCGCUGCGAGCGCGGCCUGAAGACCUUGGAGUCGCAGCUAGCCGCUGUGAGGAGAGGCAGAAAGAUCAAUGAGGAUGAGAUCCCACCUCCAGUGGCCUUAGGAAAGCGGCCCCUGGUCCCCCAGGAACCAGCCAACAGGAGCCCUGAGGCAGACCCUCCAACUCCCCCUGCCUUGGAGUCAGACGACCCCUCCCAACCUGAGACCAGCCUCCCUGGCGUUUCUGCCCAGCCCAUUUCAGACUCAGACCCAGACCCACGGGCCCUGCUGUCAUCCCGACAGAGAGAGUACAAAGUGGCUGCCCUCAGUGCCAAGCGGACUGGCGAGCUAGACCGUGCGCGAGAGCUCAUGAGGAUUGGGAAGAGAUUCGGUGCUGUCCUGGAGGCCCUGGAGAAGGGGCAGCCCGUGGAUCUGAGUGCCAUGCCUCCGGCACCUGAGGAUCUGAAGCCCCGGCAGCCGUCUCAGGCUCCCACAGCACCCUCAGUCAUUCCCCCAGCUGUGGAGCGAGUGCAGCCAGUGAUGGCCCCUGACAUCCCAGCAACCCCAGAGUCACAGACGGUGCUGGAUGCCCUGCAGCAAAGGCUGAACAAGUACCGCGAGGCAGGCAUCCAGGCCCGGAGUGGUGGGGAUGAGCGCAAGGCUCGGAUGCAUGAGCGCAUUGCCAAGCAAUAUCAAGAUGCUAUUCGAGCACACCGAGCAGGACGGAAAGUCAACUUUGCUGAGUUGCCUGUUCCUCCAGGAUUUCCCCCUAUCCCUGGCCUGGAGCCCACUAUGGGUGUUGAAGAGGACUCAGUGGCAGCGACAUUGGCAGCUGCAGAGAAACUGGCCUCCGCAGAGGAUACAGGCCCAGCUGAUGAAGAGGAGGACGAGGGUGAGCCCCCAGCACAGGCCCCAGUGGCCAAGAAACCUGCACGGCCCGCGGUCCCUUCAUCUCAGCCCCUGCCUGAGCCCAAGGCCUCAAGUUCUAAGGAGUCACAUAGUCCAUCUGUGCGGGAGCAGCUGGCACUGCUGGAGGCGCGGAAACUGCAGUACCAGCGGGCAGCCCUGCAGGCCAAGCGAAGCCAGGACCUGGAGCAGGCCAAAGCCCAUCUGCGGGUGGCCAAAUGUCUUGAGGCUCAGAUCAUCCAGGCCCGAGCUGGCAGACCUGUUGAUCUGUCCAAGGUGCCUUCGCCCUUGACGGAUGAGGAGGGUGACUUCAUCCUCAUCCACCACGAGGACCUGCGACUCUCCCAGAAGGUGGAGGAGGUGUAUGCCCAGCUGCAAAAAAUGCUUCUGGAGCAACAAGAGAAGUGCCUCCUGUUCUCCAAGCAGUUCAUGCACCAGGGCAACGUGGCUGAGACCACCCGAUUUGAGAAGCUUGCUCAGGACCGCAGGAAACAGCUGGAGAUCCUGCAGCUGGCCCAGGCUCAGGGCCUCGACCCUCCCAGCCACCACUUUGAGUUGAAGACAUUCCAGACUGUGAGGAUCUUCUCCGAACUCAACAGCACAGAAAUGCAUCUGAUCAUUGUCCGGGGAAUGAACCUCCCAGCCCCUCCAGGGGUGACUCCGGAUGACCUGGAUGCUUUUGUGCGGUUUGAGUUUCACUAUCCUAACUCGGACCAAGCUCAAAAAAGCAAAACAGCUGUGGUGAAGAACACAAAUUCUCCAGAAUUUGAUCAACUUUUCAAACUAAACAUCAACCGAAACCACCGGGGCUUCAAGAGGGUGAUCCAGAGCAAAGGCAUCAAGUUUGAGAUUUUCCACAAAGGGUCCUUCUUCAGAAGCGACAAACUGGUUGGCACAGCACACCUGAAACUGGAGCGGCUGGAGAAUGAGUGUGAGAUCAGAGAAAUUGUGGAGGUCCUGGAUGGAAGGAAGCCCACCGGGGGGAAGCUGGAAGUGAAGGUGAGGCUGCGGGAGCCUCUGAGUGGCCAGGAUGUGCAGAUGGUCACGGAGAACUGGCUGGUUCUGGAGCCCAGGGGCUUGUGAGAAUAUAAAAGAUGAGUUCCAUGACGACAGGGCCCUCACUGAGCUGGCAGGCCCCUCCAUGGAUCACCGGCACCAAGGCGCUGUCCAGAUCAUUCAUGUACUGCGAGGGAAGGGGCUGGCCAUUGCUCCCUGCUUGAUAGCCAACCUAUACCACAGAGAGAAAAGGAGGAGAGGUUACUGAACAGAGGCCUCUCCAGGGCUGAGGGCAAGGAGGCUGAGCAGAAAAGGAGAUGUCCUUUUUGGCCAUAGGCUAGACAUAUGGCAGUGAAUACAAAUUUAUCCUCUUUUCCGGAUUGUCACUUAUCCUGUUGUUUACUCCUCCUGACCACUUGACAACCAUGAGGCACUGGGUAAGCCACUUAACCUGUUAUGGUCUUAGUUUUCUGGUGAAGGGGAGAGGUGCAUAAAAAGAUAUGGAGUAUCAGAAAUAACACCUUAAGCUUUGGUUGUGAAAAUUGAGAAAUGUACAAUGUAUAGCUCCCUAACAUAGUAGGAACUGAAUAUUUGUUCUUGUAUCCAUCUGUUCAUUCAUGCACCAUCUUCUGAGCACCUACAAACGCAGGGAUCCAAAGACGAAUGUAACAGGGCCCUGCCCUCAAGAGGCUCACAUAUUUAGCAGAAAAAUGCUUUUUCUUUGUUUUACGUGAGGUAAUUCCCUCCAGCCGAAUUAUCAAUGUCAUUUGAGACAGGACCAGAAUACUUCAUGAGUAUAGCAUUGGGCAAGCCAUUAAGUAGAAAAUAAGUAUUUGUUGAUUGAUGACUAGUCAGGAACUGGGGCCAGACACAACCUUUCAUCAUUCCCUGAUAAUGGCACAACCUUGUGCUCGGGAACCAGUUUCUCCUCAUAAGCACUCAGGCCAGAAGCAGCUUGCUGGGCAGAAUUAACACUCGGGGGGAAGGGUGAUCAAGCUGAGUCUAGCCCCAAGUUCUAAGUGACUCGAAGUUAAAGGGUUGAGGGAACAGAGAGGUCUGGCAAUUUGUAAGCAUCAAGGCAGGAACUGGCAGGUCCUACCACAUGUUCCCCUCUUUACCCCACACUAAGAAGGAAACCAGCUCCUUGGUAAGCCAUGCAGGUAAAGAAGCCACAGUUGAAAUGGUUCUGAGAGAAUCUGACCAAGCAUCACAUGUGGGUAUAGUACUAUUAAAGAGAGGGCCAGAACACUGUAUCUGGUCAGGCCAGAAGGUCGGAGAAUUAAGCUCUCCAGGGUGAUGCAGAAAAACUCGCAUGUCAGAAAUACAGACGUUGCCCAAGGCCAGCUUUAAAAGCUGCGGAAGACACAUCGUACCUGAUCUGAGUCAAGUGUCACACGUAGUCCCAGUUUGGUCAUUCCAUCUUCCUUCAGAAGCUUCAGGUGAGGACAAAGAGCAAGGCAAAAAGCUUUGGCAACAUGCUCAGUCAGUCUACUAUGAUCUGCAGGAUCACUGAGGCAAUUGUGCUGGUCAUC